UGCCACAACCCUAGUACUAUUGUGACUCACGCGAAACGGGCUGCAAAAAGCAGGAGAUAAACAGACGAAGCCGAAAGAAUUAGACAUGAAUAGUGAAGCCUCAUCACUGCAGAUGCCCUUGGCAUCCUCUCCGCAGGCGGUGGGAGAAGCCGGCCAAAUUCCCGCAGCUACGCCCGCUGCCAUCGCAGCCGCCAUCUCCAACACGGACUUCUACAUUGGUAUUGGGCUGGCGAUCUCCUCCUGCUUCUUCAUAGGAUCCAGCUUCAUCAUCAAGAAGAAGGCUCUUAUACGACUAAGCAGAUAUGGGGAAGUUCGGGCAUCGGCCGGUGGCUUUGGAUACCUACGGGAGUGGAUCUGGUGGGCUGGGCUUCUCACAAUGGGAUUGGGAGAGGCAGCCAAUUUCGCGGCGUAUGCUUUCGCUCCGGCUUCCUUGGUGACCCCUUUGGGUGCUCUGAGUGUGAUCAUCUCCGCCGUGAUGUCCUCCAGAUUCCUUAACGAGAAGUUGAACCUGCUGGGCAAGAUUGGAUGUUUUCUGUGCAUAUUGGGAUCUACGAUCAUAGUGAUUCACUCGCCCAAGGAAAAGGAGGUCGAGGAUCUGCAGUUGCUUUUCGACAUGCUGCAGGAUCCAGUCUUCAUUCUGUACGUGAUCUGUAUAGUUGGUUCAACAGUGUUCGUUGCCUUCUUCAUCGCUCCUCGCCACGGCCACACAAAUGUGGCGGUAUACAUAUUUAUGUGCUCAGGAAUCGGAUCCCUAACGGUGAUGUCCUGCAAGGCCCUGGGGCUGGCAAUCCGGCAGACGCUUAACAAUGGAGGCAACGUUUUCUUGACCUGGAUGCCCUGGUUCCUUAUCCUUGUAACUGUUACAUUCAUAGCCAUACAAAUGAACUAUCUCAACAAGGCUCUGGACAUAUUCAACACAAGCAUAGUGACCCCUGUUUACUAUGUGAUGUUCACCACAUUGGUAAUUGUCGCAUCCGCCAUUCUUUUCAAGGAGUUCACCCACAUGAAGUUUGAAGACAUCCUCGGAGACGUGUGUGGCUUUCUUAUCGUUAUUACCGCUGUCUUCCUACUCAAUGCCUUCAAAGAUAUAGAUAUAUCGCUAAGCGAUGUGCGUGGUCUUAUGCGUCCGAAAAUGCAACGGGUGUCGCAGUUCGACGAGGAGGUGCUUGUAACGAACAACACCAAGGAGCGACGCAUCUCCUACGGUUCCGGAGACAUGUUCAGGAAAGCCUGACACAAACAGCGCUAUCAGGUGUAGUUGCAUCCCUUGCAGUGGGCGGCAUAAAGGCGCCCUAGGCGAAGCAUCGGUCCAAAUAUCUGUGCAUAUCACAUUCAAAUAUCAUCCCAUACAUCUUAUUUGCCAUUUAUUGUUCCUUCCAUCUUGUUAUCCAUACAUUCGCUAGUAUAAGACGGUAAUUUUAGGAUCGACCAUAUAUAUAUAUAUAAACGACUUAUUUUAAAAGUGUUUUAAAUGCAAGUUUUUCUUAAA